AUGUCUGCUCCUGGAGUAGACUACUACAAGGUCCUCGAAGUGAGCGACAAAGCAACUCAGCAACAAAUACGCGACGCCUACAAGAAACAAGCCCUCAAACACCACCCCGACCGCGUCGCGUCCGACAGCCCCGAGCGUGCCGCUCGCACAAAGCGCUUCCAGCAAAUAAAUGACGCCUACUACACGCUCUCGGACCCCACGCGUCGCCGCGACUACGACUCCGCCCGCAGCUACCAGUCCUUCACCAGUUCUGGCCCUGACACGCCCGAUUUCGAAGAAGAAAUUCCCCGCCAGAAUAAUGCUGGUGGUGGUACCUUCGGCGGCUUCCCUUGGUCCGCCUUCGGCUUCGGCAGCGCGCCUGCGGGCGACACAGAGGACUCGCACAACCGUUUUUCCCAAGAUCAGUUCGGCGGGGUGUUCGAAGAGAUGCUGCGGGAGGAAGGUAUGGCUGAGGGCGCGGACGCGCAUCCGACGGGCAAGUUCUGGAGCAUGAUUGGAGGCGCGAGCGGCGCGGCUAUGGGGUUCAUAGUUGCGAAUGUCCCGGGGAUGGUGGCGGGUGCGGUGGCGGGGAAUAGGCUAGGUGCGGUGAGGGAUGCGAGGGGAAAGAGUGUGUACAGUGUGUUUCAGGAGUUGCCGCAGUCGGACAAGGCAAGGUUGUUGAGUGAUCUUGCGGCGAAGGUGUUUGCACAUGCGGUGGGGUCGUAG